CAUCCUGAAGUUAUAACUGGUGCUCUUGGUGGUCCUGCCUUUGGUGGCCCUGAAGUUGUAAUCGGUGCUCUUGGUGGCCCUGCCUUUGGUGGCCCCGAAGUUGUAAUCGGUGCCCUUGGUGGCCCUGCCUUUGGUGGUCCUGAAGGUGUAACUGGUGACUCUGGUUCUGAAGCUGUAACUGGUGCCCUUGGUGGCCCUGCCUUUGGUGGGCCCGAAGUUGUAAUCGGUGCCCUUGGCGGCCCUGCCUUUGGUGGUCCUAAAGGUGUAACUGGUGGCUCUGGUUCUGAAGCUGUAAUUGGUGGUUCUGGUUCUGAAGCUGUAACUGGUGCCCUUGGUGGCCCUGCCUUUGGUGGGCCCGAAGUUGUAAUCAGUGCCCUUGGUGGCCCUGCCUUUAGUGGCCCUGAAGUUGAAAUUGGUGCUCUUGGUGGCCCUGAAGGUGUAACUGGUGGCUCUGGUUCUGAAGCUGUAACUGGUGCCUUUGGUGGCCCUGCCUUUGGUGGGCCCGAAGUUGUAAUCAGUGCCCUUGGCGGCCCUGCCUUUGGUGGUCCUGAAGGUGUAACUGGUGGCUCUGGUUCUGAAGCUGUAACUGUGAGAACAAAUACAACUAGUAGAGAAAAAAUUGUUACAAACACUCCCUUCAUUUUGUAAAACAAAUUUCUAUCUCAAUGAACU